AUGGCGUCCUACUCGACCGAUCCCGCGCUGUACAUCUACACCUCCCUGACUGCGGGCUCCUCACACAUCGUCACCGCGACAUCGCGACUCGAAACGAUCCUGCGCGCCAACCGCGUCCCGUUCAAGGCCAUCGAUAUCGCCACCGAUGAAAAGGCGCGCAUGCUCUGGGGCCGCCGUGCCGGCAAAGAUGAGAACGGCAGAGCGAGGAAGUUCCCAGCGCUGGUGCAGGAGGGGCUGGUUUUAGGGGAUAUCGUGGAGAUCGAAGAGUGGAACGAGUAUGGCGAGCUGAAGCAGCACGUCAAGAUUUACUAUGACGAAAGCACGAUUCCCGAUAUCGCGCACAAAUACCCAGAGCCGGUCAAGAAGAAGAAGACAGUCAAGAAGUCUGCGGUUGCCAAGGCCGCCGCUGCGGCUGCCAGCGAAUCCAAGGCUGCUGCUGAUACAGCUGCCGCUGCGCCUCCCCCUCCCCCUGGACCAGUCCCCGAGCCCAAGGUUGGUUCAACCCCGAGGGCUAGCGUUGAUACUGUGCGAUCUGUCGCCGAUGAAGCCGCGGCAAAGGCUAAGGAGCUUCGCCUGAACGCUCUUCGGGAGAAGGUGCACGGAAAGAAGGCAGAGGAGUCGAAAGAAGAGGCAAAGGAGGAGAAGCCAGAAGCGAGCGAAGAGAUCAAGGAGCCAGCAGAGGAAUCAGCCAAGGUCGAAGAGACCAAGGUAGAGGAGACUAAAGAACCAGAGGCUGAAAAGAAAGAGGAGCCAAUCAAGGCCGAAGAUACCAAAGUAGAGGAGACUAAAAUCGAGGAGCCCAAGGUUGAUGAGACCAAGGUAGAGACUACAGAGCCAGAAGCUGAGAAGCAAGAGGAAUCAGCCAUGGUGGUUGAAGAGACCAAGGCUGAAGAGACUAAAGAACCAGAGGCUGAGAAGAAAGAGGAACCAGCCAAAGUCGAAGAGCCCAAAGUCGAAGAGCCCAAAGUCGAAGAGCCCAAGGUUGAAGAGCCCAAGGUUGAAGAGCCCAAGGUUGAAGAGCCCAAGGUUGAAGAGCCCAAGGUUGAAGAACCCAAGGCAGAGGAGACCAAGGCAGAGGAGACUGUAAAACCAGGGGUUGAGAAAAAAGAAGGGGCUGAGAAAGAGGAGGAGCAAGCCAAAGAGGAGCCCCCUAGCAAAGACGAAGCAGAGGUCAAGGAAGACAAGGCUAAGAAGCCUGAGAUUGAGGACAAGAAGGCUGAGGAUAAGAUUGAGGGAGAAAAAGCCAAGGAGGUUGAGCCUGACACAAAGGAGGCGGAAGUAGGAGCUGAGGAUCAAGAUGAAGUGUCUGAGCACGAGGCACGCGAAGAACUCGAAAAGGUCAAGGAAGAGGACGAAGAAGAUGCCGAAAACAACCACAGUAAUGAUAACGAUACCGACUAUGCCGAUGAGAAGAAGAAGGCAGAGCCAGAGGAAGUGGAGGAACAGACAAACGAGAAGGGUGAGCAUAUAUCUGAAGAGGGAAGCGUCACUGCUUCACAACCCGCCCCGGAACCCGCCCCAGACGCGUCCGCCAAAUCGGACGAAAAUGCUAAGAAGUCGACCAGGGAUGAGAAGAGCAAAAAUAAAGAUUCUUCGCCUUCUCCUGCUUCUAAAGAGAACAAAGCGCGAGACCAGGGUAAAGAAAAGACGAAGCCUCAAGCCAAAGCGUCAGCUCUAGCUUCGUCAACAAGAAAGCCCGCUGCAUCUCCAUCUUCGGCCAAGAAGCCCGCCGCCUCCUCUUCCUUAUCCUCUUCACCAUCCGUCAGAAAGAUCCGCGUCAACAGUGAGAUCUUCGUCAACGGCGAGAUCAACCUCGACGACGAGGACUCCCUCUGCAGCAAGAUCAACUUCAACAACCAGAACUCCCUCAACAGCAAGAUCUACUUCGACAACAAGAACCACUUCAACGGCGAGAUCCACGUCAACAACAAGGUCAACUACAGCAGCGAGAACACCUUCAGUAGCGCGGUCAACGUCAACCACAAGAACACCCACUACAAGGUCGACCUCAACAACGCGAACCCCCUCCGCGGCAAGAUCUACUUCGACAACAAGAAAGGUGUCUUCAUCUACUGCUGCCCCGUCCUCACCUUCAGUAACAAGAAAACCAACUAUCACUUCAACAACCCGCUCUUCGUCAUCAACAAGGACCUCUACACUUUCCUCGUCAGCCAAGAAACCUGCUUCUUCAACAUCGCUUGCCUCAAGACCAAAAGAGCAGAGUAA